AGGCGCUUUGCGCAUGCUCAGUGCAGCCAGUCUGACCUUCACUGCAAGCGAAUAUGUUCGCCAGGGCCAGCGCGGUGGUCUUCCUCCCACAAUGUGGGCAGGUCAGGAGCAUGGCUACGUUGAAGGACAUCACCAUUAGGUUGAAGGCUGUCAAGAACAUCCAGAAGAUCACCAAGUCCAUGAAGAUGGUGGCCGCCGCUAAGUAUGCUAGGGCAGAGAAGUCCUUGAAGCCAGCCCGUGUCUAUGGCACCGGCGCACUGUCACUCUAUGAGAAGGCUGACAUCAAGGCUCCAGAGGAUAAGAACAAGCACCUGCUUAUCGGUGUGUCGUCUGAUCGUGGGUUGUGCGGUGCUAUCCACAGCAGUGUGGCCAAAGCCAUUAAGAGUGAAAUCGCCAAACUUGCUGGUGCUGGCAAAGAGGUCAUGGUGGUUAAUAUAGGGGACAAACUCAGGGGCCUGCUUUACAGGACCCAUGGCAAUCACAUCCUCAUUAACUGCAAGGAAGUGGGCAGGAAACCCCCUACAUUCACUGAUGCUUCUAUCAUUGCCACAGAGCUGCUGGACUCAGGCUACGAGUUUGACCAGGGCACCAUCAUCUAUAACAGAUUCAAGUCUGUUAUUUCAUACAAGACAGACGAGAAGCCCGUGUAUUCAAUGGACACAGUUGCAAACUCAGAGAACAUGGGCGUCUAUGAUGAUAUUGAUGCUGAUGUACUGAGGAACUAUCAGGAGUUUGCCCUGGUCAACAUCAUUUACUAUGGAUUGAAGGAGUCUGCCACUAGCGAGCAGAGUGCUCGGAUGACCGCUAUGGACAGCGCCAGCAAGAACGCCUCUGAGAUGAUUGAUAAGCUGACCCUCACCUUCAACCGCACUCGCCAGGCCGUCAUCACCAAGGAGUUGAUUGAGAUCAUCUCUGGAGCUGCUGCACUAUAAAGAGGACCCAUCCAGACCGUCAUUGUGGUUCUGAAUAAAAGAAUGCUUUCCAGUUCAGUCAUCUGGUGUCAAGUUAAAUAAUGUGCUUCUGUUUGUAAGAUAUGAGUAAAUAAAAAUAAACCUCUUACAUUGACAUCCAUUA